AUGGGCAAGUACGACAACUCGGUGGACGUGUACGCGUUCGGCAUCCUCUUCUGGUACGUGUGCGCCGGGCGCCGUGCGGCUGCCCGAGGCCUUCGAGCGGUGCGCCACCAAGGAUCAGCUUUGGACCAACGCACGCGGCCCGAGCGACUGCCCCUGUUCGACGAGGAGUGCUGGCAGCUGAUGAGGCGUGCUGGGACGCUGACGAUCGCCUGCCGUGAGAUCGGGGCGGACGCGGCACGUGCAUCGGGGCGGAGCGGAGCGGGCGGCUGGCACGAGAGGGACGAGGAGGCAGGAGAGCCGGCGCCCGCGUGCGGCGAGAGCCGCGAGUGCGUCAACUGCGGCGCCACGGCGACGCCGCUGUGGCGUCGCGACGCCAACGGGCACUACCUGUGCAACGCGUGCGGCCUCUACCACAAGACCAAUGGGCAGAACCGGCCCCUCAUCAAGCCCAAGAGGCGGCCGGCGAGCAGCUCGCGGCCGUCCACCACCUGCGCCAACUGCCAAACCGCCACCACGACCCUGUGGAGGCGCAACGGCAGCGGCGAGCCCGUGUGCAACGCGUGCGGCCUCUACUUCAAGCUGCACAACGUGAACCGCCCAAUCGCCAUGAAGAAGGAGGCCAUCCAAACGCGCAACCGCAAGAACUCGACGGGCGGCAAGGCCCGCCGGCGGCCUCGGAAGGGCCGGGCCGCCGCCAGCGACGAAGCCUCGGACGCGGCGCUACGGCGGCCUCCCUUCUUCCACGCCGCCCUCACGGCCUCCGCGCUGCCCCCGCACCUCCUGGGUAGCCACCACCACCACCAGCACCACCAGCACCAUCAGCACCAGCAGCACCACCAGCAGCAGCAGCAGCACCGGCUGCUCUCCCCGGCGUCGUUGGCGUUGGCGGUGCCGCACGGCAUAGCCGGCGGAGCGACGCUCACGUACCUCCCUCCGGAUGGCGUGGCGCUGUCCGUUCAGCACCAGCAGCAGCAUCAGCAGCAGCAGCAGUUUCAACACUACCAGCAUCAUCAGCAGCAGCCUCUACGCCCGCACCCCUCCGGCAAUAUGCUGACCGCCAUGGGAUAAAUGCCGGCGCUGAGUGAUGUCGGUGGUGAUGGUGAUGGUGGUGAUGAUGAUGAUGAGGUUCGGUUGAAACAACUGCCAAACAAAAGGCCAUCGUGCGUACGUGCGUGCGUACGUGCGUGCGGUUACAUUUAAUAUAAUUUGUCAUCAAGGUGUGCCGUUGCGUUGCCUGGAGAGGGACGCUGUUGGCUGGUAGUCUUUUCACGUCGGGGAGACGUGGCACAGUUUUGAUGGGCGCAAUAUUGCGUGCAAAUCCAAUUUGGAUUUUUUUUAUUUUAUCGGAUGAGACUCUGUGAAGGUUCUGCAAAAACCGCAUUUGGACAACUGGAAGAGUAACCGUGUCGGGACCUGCGCCGGACGCUUUAAACGCAGGCCGCGAGUCUGCGUCACCGGAUUCCUGGGGUACAAGUUCCAAUAUUUUACCGGAAUUCUCAGUUCGCGCGUCCUUUAUUCAGCCAGGCGAGAGCAAAUUUAGAUUUUAUAAUAUAAAUAUAUAUACGUGUUUCUUCACUUUGCAAAGAUUAUAUUUGAUACCAUAGUUACGUGGGGUACCGGCUUUUACUCGUCGUCAGUUUUCGUCGUGAGUUGUUUUUGUGCAGUUUUGACAAAGCGCCGAUGUUUAUUUUAAAGUUUUCCCGGCUGUGCCGUCAUCUCGUCGCGGCCUUUCCCCUGGGGGCUUCACGGCCCGCGCCGUCUCUCGAACGGUCGUUUGGCGCGUCGGACGGCGACCCUUUUAUAACGUUUUGCCCAAAGCGUACGUAUGUUUGAAGUUUUCGAUUUAAAGCUUUCGUGACUGCAGGGAUUCAUCUUCUUGCUUCUUUCGGUAAAGUCACGUAGAAGGAAAAUAAUAAAAAUAUAACAGAAUAAAA